AUGACUAUUAACAACCUGAGUUGCUCAGAGCCCUCUGAGCUCUACUCUAUACGGCAAUGUGUUGGGAGGGGCAAUUUUGGCGACGUCUAUAAAGCCUGUGACAAGAAAACUGGCGAAAUCGUCGCCGUCAAAGUUGUCAACUUGGAGCACACCGAUGAAGACAUAAAUUUACUGGCUCAAGAAAUAUUCUUCCUAGCUGAAUUAAAGUCGCCCUAUAUUACUAACUACAUAACCACAAUGACGGAAGAUGCCUCGAUGUGGAUCAUCAUGGAGUAUUGCGGAGGCGGCUCAUGUGCCGAUUUAUUAAAGAACAUAUACAAUAAUGGUUUACCAGAGGCAAAAGCUGCAUACAUUACUAGGGAAGUAGUCAAAGGCCUUGUGUAUCUACACGAGCAGAAGAAGAUUCAUCGCGAUAUAAAAGCGGCAAAUAUUCUGUUAACCGAUGAAGGAAAGGUAAAAUUAGGCGAUUUUGGAGUAAGUGGUCAAAUCAGGGCGACUUUAAAGAGAGGAACUUUUGUUGGGACUCCGUUUUGGAUGGCGCCGGAGGUAGUUUCUAAGGAAUCAGACGGCUAUGACGAAAAAGCAGAUAUAUGGUCGCUGGGAAUUACGGUCUAUGAACUCUUGAAAGGUUCACCUCCGCUUUCGAAGUGUGAUCCAAUGAAGGUAAUGGCCAAUCUUCCCAAAAGAAAACCACCUGUUCUUCAUGGCAAUUAUUCGAGUACGGCGAAGCAUUUCAUAGCUUCGUGUCUGGUUAAAACGCCCAAGAAUCGACCAUCAGCUGUCAAUUUACUUGACACGGAUUUUAUCAGUAAUACGCAAUGCGUUGAUCUGAAAAGCGAUGUUGAAAUGCUCAACAAAAGAAAAUCAAAAGAUGACUAUCGCAGAAUGCCUAAAUUUCCUUUAUGCGAGAAACUGUACGAUGGAUCUGAGAGCAGCGUACGUUGGGACUUCAGCACUACUACGACGGCUGAUAGAAACCCCGCCCUCUCUGCAUCUGAGGCCAGUAAGAUAACCACCAGCACACCUAGAAGUCCACUUUCCUCCAACAUCAACAGUCCCUACCAAUCGCAGGAUCAAGCUGUCACUCCGGUUACUAAUGCUACAUCACCGUCCUUUAGAAACUACAACAAGCGAUACGAUGUGGGAAGCCCUAUGGACAUUGAAUAUCCCAAGCUUCAGGAUAUGAAGCUCAAGAGUUUCGACUAUUUGAAAAGUGUUAUCUCGUACACUUUUAAUCGCAUGUAUGAACGGGCUCACGAUGAUGAGACCAGAAUGUAUGUUGAUGAAAUGCUGGACCACUUUGCCUCCACAGAGUCCAAAAUUCCAGGUUUUAGUGAGGUCUUUGUAGAGGAAAUCUCAUUGCGCUUAGAUUCUAUAAAAAAGUAUCUAGCCAAAUAA